GGCUGCACCGUGAGGACCCCAAGAUGGCCGCGGCCACCGUUACCGGGCCCAUUGCGGUGAGAAGAAGCGCGCUGCUCGUGCUCGCGCUCGCGCUGACGCUCCACCGCGCGCACGCGGCUGCCAAGGGGGUCUCCGCGAGCCUUAAUGCUAAGUGGCCGGCGACCCCCUUCCUGUUGGAGACCAGCGAGUUCAUUGCAGAAGAUGGCAAUGAGAAAUUCUGGCAGUUUGUUGACACCGUGAAGGAACUGACUGUGUACAAGAAUGGCGAGUCUGUUCGCUCUUAUUACAACCUGAUCAUCAAGAAGGCUGCCCAGUUUGUGAGUGAUUUGCAAGUGAGCCUCCUGAAAUUUGCUCUGUCCUUGAGAUCUUACUCGCCUACUGUCCACGCCUUUCAACAGAUAGCUAGCAAUGAGCCCCCACCUGAGGGCUGCUCCGCCUUUGUGGUCAUCCAUGGCCACCACGCCUGCAGCACCAAGGAUGUGAAGAAGCUCCUGAAGACGGCAUUAGACAGGCCAAGGCCGUACCUGUAUAAAAGUGAUCACAAGUACCCUGGAGCCAAUUCCACCGAUGUCCCGGUUGCCAUUCUUUAUGCGGAAAUUGGCACAAAGAAGUUCAAUACCCUGCACAAGGUGCUGUCUGAGAAGGCUGAUGAAGGCAAACUUACCUAUGUACUGCGCCACUUUGUCAAGGAGACAAAGCCAGAGAAGUUGCGUCUUUCUGGCUACGCUGUGGAACUGGCCAUUAAAAGCACAGAGUACAAAGCUGUGGAUGACACGCGGGUCAAAGAUGCCAAACCUACUGUGACUGCGGAGGAAGAUGAUGAUGAUGAAGUUCAGGGUUUUCUGUUUGGGAAAUUGAAGAAAUCGUAUCCGGAGCUGCAGGAUCAUCUCAUAGAUCUCCAGAAACACCUGCUGGAGAGCAGCAAUGACAUGGCACCACUCAAAGUGUGGGAAAUGCAAGACUUGAGCUUCCAAGCAGCCUCCAGGAUUAUGUCAGCGUCAAAGUUUGAUUCACUAAAACUGAUGCGAGACGUCAGCCAGAACUUCCCCAUCAAGGCCAGAUCGCUGACGAGAGUGGUGGUAAACCAUGAAAUGAGGAAGGAAAUUGAGGGAAAUCAGAAGGUUCUGAGCGAGACCCUGGGGAUUCACCCGGGAGAAGCUGGUCUGUUUAUCAAUGGACUCCACAUCGAUCUUGACGUCCACACCCCCUUCAGCAUUUUGGACACUAUCAAGGGAGAAGGAAAGAUCUUGGAAGGCCUCCACAACCUGGGAAUCAAGGGGGAGGAGCAGGCAAAGUUUCUCCGCUUACCUGUGCAUCCCAUAGAGGAGAGCUAUGCUCUCGACAUCCGCAAUCCUGCAAUAAUGUGGGUCAACGACAUUGAGAUGGAUCACAUGUAUCGCAGCUGGCCCUCCAGUAGCCAGGAACUUCUCAGGACCACCUUCCCAGGGGUGAUCCGCCAGAUACGACGGAACUUCUUCAACUUGGUACUCUUUUUGGAUCCGUGUCAUGAGGACAGUGGAGAGCUAGUGAAGCUCGCGGAACUCUUCUAUUCACACACAAUCCCACUCAGAAUAGGGUUUGUAUUCGUGGUCAACAUGGACGACCGUGUUGAUGGGACCAUUGAUGCGGGAGUGGGUUUUGUCAGAGUGCUGAACUACGUGACUGAAGAGUAUGACUUUGCACAAGCCUUUGCAUCCAUGGUGUCUAUAUACAAAAAAGUGGAGGAGGGACAGGUGCUGUCUGCUGGUGAUGUGGCCUCCUACCUCAAGAAAAAAUUCCCUAAAGCCAGUGUUGCCAAAAUCCUCGGACCUGACUCCAUCUAUGAUGACAAGAGAAAGGCUGGAAGAGCGUUUUACAGGAAGACUGGGCUGGGGUCCCUGCCUGUGGCUCUCUUCAAUGGGGUCCCGCUCAGUAGUGAAGAGAUGGACCCUGAGGAGCUAGAGACUGUUUUGCUUCAGCGCAUCAUGGACAGCACCUCCUUCUUCCAGAGGGCCGUCUUCAUGGGCCAGUUGACUGAUGACAUGGAUGUGGUGGAGUUCCUCAUGGAGCAGGCCAAUGUGGUGCCACGAAUCAACCCGCUUGUCCUAAGUCCACUCAGAAGGUACCUGGAUUUCACUUCGUCCCCAGUUGUUGACGACUGGAAGGACCCAAACACAUUCUCCUACCUGGAUUCCAGAGACCAAAGUGCUGUCAUCGCCACCAGAGUGAAGUACAUCAGUAAGAGUGAUGAGGAUACCAUCUAUGGAGUGACCAUCUGGGUGGUUGCAGACUUUGACUCGGCCCCAGGCAGGCGACUGCUGCAGGCUGCUCUCAAGCACAUGAAGUCCAGCCCUAAUGUGCGUGUCGGCGUGAUCAGCAAUGCAGGUGCCAAGCUGACUGAGGUCAACACGGUCAUCACACGAGCUAUCUGGGCCUCACUCCACACACAGAGGAGCAAGGAAACAUUCAGCUUUUUGCAGAAGAUCCUCAAAGAGGAGAAUACCAAGCAGCUUGACCAAGGAGCCAAGAUGAGGGAUUUUCUGGUGCAGGGCAUGAACAGUGACACCUUCGAGAAGAAGUACAACACCAUAGGUGUGGAAUUUCUGCACAGCCAGCGCCUCUUCUGCCAGAAUGUCCUCAAGCUGACAUCUGGACAGCAGGCCGUGGUCAUCAAUGGCAGGAUUCUGGGGCCUUUUGAGGAGGAGUUUGAACUAGAGGACUUCCACCUGCUGGAGAAGAUCACUCUCAGCGCUUCAGCUGAGAAGAUCAAAGGGAUGGUCAAAUCGAUGGGACUGAUGGCAAAGCAGGCCAGUGACCUGGUUAUGAAGGCACAUGCUCUGCUGACAGCUGCCCCCAGAGUUGAAUCCCGAAGGGAAGUUAAGUUUCCCAAAGACAAACUGAGUGUACUCCAUCUCUCUCCUCGACCAGAUGAAGUAUUCUAUGAUGUGGUGGCCGUUGUGGACCCUCUAACGAGAGAGGCCCAGAAGAUGUCUUCUCUACUGAUUGUGCUCAGCCAAGUGAUUAACAUGAAGCUCCAGGUUUUCAUGAACUGCAGGGCCAAGCUCUCUGAGAUGCCCCUAAAAAGUUUCUACCGUUUUGUUCUAGAGUCAGAUGUUAUGUUCCUGGCCAACGACACUGUGUCCCCUGGUCCAUUGGCCCGCUUCACAGAGAUGCCCGAGUCACCCCUCCUUACGCUUAACAUGAUCACCCCUGAAAGCUGGAUGGUUGAGGCUGUCCGGAGCUCUUAUGACUUGGACAACAUUCACCUUCAAGAGGUGAGCAGCGUGGUAAUGGCCGAGUACGAACUGGAGUAUCUGCUUCUGGAGGGACACUGCUUUGAUCAGUCAACAGGACAGCCACCCCGUGGCCUGCAGUUCACCCUGGGGAUGACUCGUGAUCCCCUUAUGCAGGAUACUAUUGUCAUGGCUAACCUGGGCUACUUCCAGCUGAAGGCCAACCCUGGAGCUUGGAUACUGAAACUGCGCAAGGGGAGGUCUGAAGAGAUCUAUCAGAUCCUUGCUCACGAUGGCACAGACUCUCCUGCUGAUGCUGAUGCUGGUGAUGUCAUCGUGGUUCUCAACAGCUUCCAUAGCAAGAUCAUCAAAGUCAGGGUGCAGAAAAAGCCCGACAAAACAGACGAAGAACUGCUCAGUGAUGGAAAAGAGACAAAAGGUCUCUGGGAGUCCAUGCGAAGUGUGUGGAGGUCUUUAGAGAGCAGCAUCACAGGUCAGCCAACCUCCGAGGAGGCAGAGAAGAAGGAGGACGUUCUCAAUAUCUUCUCUGUGGCUUCAGGACAUCUGUAUGAGCGUUUCUUGAGAAUCAUGAUGCUGUCCGUCCUCCGGCAUACCAAAACGCCUGUCAAGUUCUGGUUCCUCAAGAACUACCUCUCGCCUUCUUUCAAGGAGUCCAUUCCCCACCUUGCAGAGGCCUACGGCUUCCAGUACGAGUUGGUGCAGUACAAGUGGCCGCGUUGGCUGCACCAGCAAACGGAGAAGCAACGCAUUAUCUGGGGCUACAAGAUCCUCUUCCUCGAUGUUCUCUUCCCUCUGGCUGUAGACAAGAUCAUCUUUGUGGAUGCUGACCAGAUUGUCAGGGCAGACCUGAAGGACCUCCGUGAUCUGGAUCUACAGGGUGCCCCGUACGGUUAUACCCCAUUCUGUGACAGCCGCAAAGAAAUGGAGGGGUACCGCUUUUGGAAGUCUGGGUAUUGGGCCUCACAUCUGGGCAACAGAAAGUACCACAUCAGUGCCCUGUAUGUAGUGGACUUGAAGAAGUUCCGGAAGAUAGCGGCCGGAGACCGACUUCGUGGCCAAUACCAGGCUUUGAGCCAGGACCCCAACAGCCUGUCCAACCUGGACCAGGAUUUGCCCAACAACAUGAUCCACCAGGUGGCGAUAAAAUCCCUUCCGCAGGAGUGGCUGUGGUGCGAGACCUGGUGUGACGAUGCUUCAAAGGCAGCUGCCAAGACGAUCGACUUGUGCAACAACCCCAAAACCAAAGAGCCCAAGCUGGCAGCUGCCGUGAGGAUCGUGCCUGAGUGGGCAGAGUAUGACCACAAGAUCAAGGAGCUGCUGAAGAAGAACUCUGGGAAACCGCAGAGCCGGACAGAAGCGCCGCAGGGCAGAGGAGGUGUUCGGCGGGAUGAACUUUAGCAUCCUAUCAGCGCAGAGAUGAAAGAAAAUGAACUUGAGCUGAGUCCUUCCUGUCCCUUCGUGACGAUCGCUGCUGCUCGAAGAUGAAUACGAUUCAUGAACGUUGCCAGGAAAGUAUUGUUUCUCAAGUUGUGAGAAGGUCAAAGUUUAUGCAAGACAAAAUGCAAGUUAUAAAUGUUUCAUACAAUCAUCUGGUCAAAUGUUAGAGAGUCAACAAUAAGUAUUUUGAACCCUUUCAUUCUGGAGUAUACUGUUAAGAGCUUCAAGGCGCUGUGCAUAAGCCAGUAUUUAUUAAACGAAGUGUGCCAAGGAGCACAAAGGCUUGAAGAGGAACUGUUGUAAUCAUGUGUGAGCUAUUUGUACUUUGUACAAGUGCUGAUUUACUGAUUUUAUCCUAGUUCAGUAUUUUUUUUUUUCUUUUUGAAAAGUGAGAAAUAAUUGCACUGUUAUAUAAAUAUUGACAGGCAUGCAACACUAUUCAUCUCCUCAGUUUGAUCCAUUCCUGAAAUGAUUUCAUGAAUUCCAAGUGUCUGUUGGUGGAAGAAGAAGCUGAUAAUUUUAAAUGUUUAUAUUGUUUUAUUUUUAAUUAUAAUGACUGUAUGUUAAAUACCAAGGCAGGUCUGUGUUUUUACCUGUUUAUUAUUUUUAGUUUAAUACGCUUUGUUUAAACGCCUGAGUUUAAAGGAAGUGCAUUUGGGUGGAAUUAUGUCUUCGUAAUUUUUCUUAUGGACUGGAGACUUUCCUUAGACCAGUUUUUUAAUGGUCUAUUGAUGCUUUGGGCCCGCUGCGCUGGGAAGGCUUGUACUCCUCGCAGAAUUUUCAUUUAUGAAGUAAACUUUUCCGGAAAGAUACACUAAAAGCCAACACUGUGACCAAAAAGCAGCUUUGUCACUAAUGGCAUACACUACAGGAGGCUGCUGGAGUACUGUGGCAUAUCUGCAUACUUUUAAAUGUCCUUUGUUCUUUAAACUGUGGUGUACGUCCUGUCGGAAACAGCGAAGCCCUUUAUAUCUCACCCUUUUUAGGCUUGGUACCAGCCAAUUAAAGCCAUUUUGUCGUCUGUCUCCAGUCGCCGUGUGAGGAAAGGCUCUGGGCCUCGGUCACAUCGUUCUUACUUGGCUGGUUAUUUUGGUCCUCGUGACGGCGGGGCCCCGUGCGUCUUUGCAUACAUCCGUGUGUCAUGUAUUAAGAUGCUGUGGGGAAAAGUGGGACACGCUCAGUCACCUCCUUUGUAAGACCGCGCUUGUUUGCCUUGAAGUUUUUAAAGAAG